UCUUCCCUUUUCUCCUGAGACGGACGGAUGCCAGACAACACAGUACAACAGCUGCCUUUGGGCUGUUCUAAAUCCCUAUGUGCAUUGCCAGAAGGGACAUUUAAAAUGGUAUUUGCAGGAUGUGUGGUGGUGACAUCCUACAUAAGCCCCAUAUACACAAAUAAACUCUGCCAUGUCUAGCAGGCACAUGGGCAAAUCUUGCCUGAAUGAAAAGCAAAAAUAUGCAUAACGAACUGAAUGAAUUAGAAACCACAGCACCUGUGUUCAUAUUAAGAGUAACAAUGCCCCUGGCUGACCCAGGUUGCUAAGGUAACAGUGACAUGACCUUCAUUGUGACACCUCCCUCUGCUGGCCCACCUAUUAGAUGACCAGAGGUCCUCUAUGAGAGCUGGAAAAGCUGCAGAUCCCCAUUCAAAAGAGGAAUGCCAACACUGACGCAGCAGAAGAGGGAUACCAGGCAAUAGCCUCUGAACCAGAGGGCCUGGGAGGUUUCCUUUCUGCCAAGAGAAAAAGAAGGAUGUUUCUACGGAGGAUGGGGAACAGCUAAAAAUGGCCUGGAGCUGCUGCAAAGAUAAUGUCCCGGCCCCCAAACCUCCCUCCACGCCUAUGCGGCUGGAAGUACCAACGGCAGUCCCCAGAAACAAGAACCAAGAAGUCCUAAUUGCUUAUAUACUGGAGCACGAGGAGGAUGACGACGAUGAAGAGGAAGAGCAAAAGCAAAAGCAAAAGAAAGAAUCAGAAAAAGAGCGAGAACAAGAACAAAGAAAAGUACAAGAACAAGAACAAGAACAACGAAGGGAACAAGACAAAACACGGCGGCCAUCAAAAGGUCAAGAUGAUGAUAUUGAAAGGCCCUGCACCUCCAAAGAUGCAGCUGAUGGGACGGAGGCAGAGACACAAACCAAUCCACGCUAUUUCCCGAAAUCACCAAAAAAGAUCACAUUGGAUGAGAUCCUGCUUGGAAUGCAGAAGAUCGAGUACACCAUCAGUAACACAAUGAGAGACUUUGAGCAGCGCCUUUCCCGCUUGGAGCAGAUCGUUUUGAAAAUGAGGAAUGCGUGGAUCCACCACAGAACUUGCCAUCUAGAGGGUCUGGAAUAUGACGAUGAACAGGAUUAAUAUUUUUUUCCUCUUCUGAUUUUAUUGGUUUUGUAGAUUUGCAGAUCGACAUCCUUCCCCCAUACAAUAAAAAAAUAUUUAUUUGGGAAUCAAUAAGUUGUUUAAUCUCCUAAUCAAGACAUGGCUAAUUAAGACAUAUCUGUGUUUUCUGGUUAUGUUUUAACACUUUGUGUUAAACAACCUUUACAAUUAUUUUUCAAACUGGAGACUUGAUCAUAAUAAAAAGUUGACCAU